UUUAAUUUCAACUACUAUCGAAAUCGGUGCUUUCCCUGUUUCACUCCAAUCCAAACAGCAGAACAAACACAUCACGUUGACGAAAUUAGCUAAACGAAACAUAAUUCUGCAAAAAUGUCUAUAAAUAAAGAUAAGAAGUGGAGUGAACUUUCAAAGUUCGAGAGGUGUAAGUUUUUGGAAAAUACACCUACGGAUUGCACUUUUAUUGUUGGAUUUGCUAAAGAUGAAAUAAAACGAAUACAAUGUCACAAAGGAGUCUUAGUACAAUGUUCAGAUGUUUUCAAUUCGAUGUUCAAUGGAAAUUAUUCAGAAUCUGAAGAAAAUUGUGAAAUACGUUUAAAUGAUGUUCAACCUUCUGUGUUUGAAAAUUUUGUGAAUUUUAUUUAUUGGGACGUUGUACCAAAUACAAAUUCCAUAAAAAAUAUUGUACAGUUGUCGUAUUUAAGCGAUAAAUACAUGAUUUCUUCGCUAAGUAAUAAAUGUCAGCAUCUGAAAGGCAAUUAUGUUACAUUAUUGGAAUUCGUGGAAUGUCUUAAAUUUCCAAUUUCUAACACAUGUAUUAAUAUACUUAAUUCUGUUGUUUUAAGAUGUAAUAGAGGCGUACCGUCUUCGAUUUAUAAUUUAAACCCAUCAUGUUUUUUAUUCUUCUUUGAAAGACUUAGUAAAACACCAUUUAAAUUGAUGCUUUUUGAAAUAAUGCAAAAAUAUGUGUUUAUCAAUUUUAUGAAAAAAGAAACUCGUGUUGAAAAUGUACACGAUACAGAUAAUACAGAUACACUUAGUAUCAGUGGAGCGAAUAAAAUUAUUAUUAAACAAUUGUGUUCAAUGAUUAAAUUGGAGGAUAUGACAGCUAAAGAGUUUGUGGACGGACCUAUGAAGUCCUCUUUAAUAGAUGCGCACACAAAAUUAAACUUAUUAAUUAAAAUAUCUGAAAAUUACAUUCGAUCAAAAGAUUUGUUUUGUUACAAUUGCUCAUCAUAUCAUAAGUAUUAA